UCUUUUGUUUCCCCAAUUAGGCUGGCUGAUCUGCAGCUUAUGUCAGAUGGCUGUCUUGGAAUUGGACCUCAGGGGGAGCAAAAUUUGGCUGUGUCCUCUUGCUCUGAACUCAAGCCAUGGGUCUGUAAAACUACUGUGUCAUCCCAGAGUUUGUGCCCCACAGAGCCUGGAUGGAGAGCCUGGAAUGGCAGUUGCUACUUCUGGGAUUCUUCCUUAAUCAGUGGGUGGCAUGAGGCCCUGCAAGUCUGCCAGAGGUUUAGGAAGACAGAACUGCUGUACCUGACUUCACUCCAGGAGAAGGAAUGGGUCAGUUCAAACUUUGGAGGAUCUUUCUGGACAGGCUUGAAUGAUCUGAAGGAUGAAUCUGUCUUUCGGUGGACAACACAGGAGUCCCUUAGCCAACCUUUGGCACAGUACUUGCAUGAUGACGUUGCAGAUGGUGGCCUGAAGGACUGUGUGUGGUUUGACACAGUGACUGGAUUUCUAGUUGAUGCCAGUUGCAAGGAGAAGAGGCCUUUCCUCUGCAAAGGUAGUGAAGCCACAGACUGGUUUGAUAAGCAGUCUGGCCGUGGUACAGCAGGAGACCUAGAACUACUGUACCCAGCCAUGGAGAGCCUGGAGCAGGCAAAGCAGGAGUGCCUGCUGGAACGUACCGCAUGUGUUGCUGUCCUCCAGGCAGACGAGGGAUUCUUCUUGAUCAGCUCUAUGGAGGAUAUUAUCUCCAAGCCAGACUCAACCCUCUACACAUGGUCCAUUUGUGCAAAGGGCUUUAGUGGCCCACGCUGCCACAAGGCCUUGACACCCCUACCACGUCCAGCCUGUGACUGCAGUGGCAGAUUCCAGACAACAGCCAAAAAAGGCAAGGAGGGAGAGAGAGGAAGACACCAAGCAGAUAGAAGGCAGGCUGGUUUGUGGGUUUGUGGCAUCCCAGUACAGAGCUGUGUGGAUGAUUGCCGCCGCAUGACAAACUGGGAAAAUUGCUCGCUCUGCUUGCCUGCCUGCACAGAGGCCUGCCUGAGCAAUCUGGACCCUGAGGAACUUGCUCUCAUAACAAUGAUUCAGUUCAGAGUGUCGCACUCGCUCAACCUCACAGCAGAAGAUGAAAGGGACAGAGGAAACUCAUCCAAAAUCAUAUAUGACCCCAGAUACCCAUGAUUAGUUCCCCAUCUUGCGAAAAGAAUGGAGCAAAAUAAAGGAUGGAAAA